AUGGCUAGUCGUAUGCACGAUCUAAUCUACCCUUCUAUCAGCCCAUUUGUGAGGAGCGUGGAGGCCCGCAAUCAUCUCUAUCCCUUGGGCAGUGCCAUGUCUUCGUUGGUACCUUCUGUGACUUUUAGCUUUGGCUCGGAUGUACGGGUGACUCUUUCUGAGUCCCUACUUGCUAGUCCCCCCGCUGGAGUCACUUUUACUUCCAUCACUAACUCGGCAUUUGUCACCCUUGGAGGACCCACCCCUAAUGAGGCUACUGCAUUCUCUCCUCCUCAGAUGAGAGGACGUGCAGCCAUGUAUCCCUUCAGACAUCCAGUUGCUUGGCGACCAUUGCCUAGACCACUCCCCGUUCGUCCUGUGGUUAGGCGGCCAGUGCAUACUGCACCUAUUGCACAGGUUACUCCACCCCAUCAGUGCCGGCAGCCUGCUGUUAUUACCCCCAUUAUUCCAGUGAAGGACAGUAUACUCGAUGUAGUCCCUCCUAAGGUUGAGAGUCAACCUUCGUGUAGACCUCAGCUGCAGGAGUCUUCAGGGGCACUUUCUCCUAGGAAAGGGGAGGUAUAUAGUACCUAUGGGCCACCAGAUAAGGGCAAGAAGCCCGUGAGAAGUUCACCUCCAUCACGACCACAAAUUCAGCAGUCUAGGAUUCCUUAUAAGAUCUCAGAGAGUCAACAGUCUUUAUAG